AUGUCAACCACCUCAUUAACUCUAUGCCAAACCCAAACCCAAACCCUAAUGUCCUGUUUGGAUCCCCUUCUCUUCGAACCCCGUGACUCGCUCCACCCGCUAACCCCACCCAAACACGCCCUAUCCUUCCCCUUCCCUCGACAACCAUCCGAAACCGACAACAAGGGCUCGGAACAAAAAACCGAGGAAGUCUACAUCCACCCUCUCGUGAGGCGCUCGUCCUCCUCUCUAAGUACCAAGUCCCUCGAAAUGUGCACCGAGAGCUUGGGUAGCGAGACCGGGAACGACACCAUCUCGGAUUUCGACGAGUUUUCCCGCCAUUACGCGUUCGAAAAACCGAGCCUUCUUCCGGCCAAAAAAAAUCUCGACUUUGCCAAGAAAACAAAACGGUCGGUUGACUUUCCUCCGCCGUUGACUUCCAUUAGCGGCGACGAAAAUGUGCAAGUGCGCGCGCACCGAGAAAACGGCCGGCUCGUGAUCAAGGCCUUCAAUAUCUCGUCGGCUCGGAAUUUUUUCCGAGCCGAGCGAGAAAACGGGAGGCUUAGGCUCUCAUUGCUUAGGGGGGGCCGUGAGGCGGAUGAAUCGGUUGAGGAAGAAGAUGAAGAACAAAACGGAGAAGAGGAAAAUGCCGAACACGAGGCUUUUGACGAGGGAGAGUUCGAAGGGCGUUGUUGGGGAGAAAAUGGCGGGAAAAUCGGGUGCAAGAUCAACGGUGGAGAUUGGCCGAGCUUGUCGAUUUGCAUGGCGAUUUCUUAG